GACUAUCCACGGUCUCUUUUCACGGCUCCUCUCAGCCGAAGCACCAGCAGCCGAGUUUGCGGCCUCAAAAAUCCGUCGUCAUCCUCGAUAUAGACGGAUCCAAAAAUCAUGACCAUGAAUGAAAAAGUGAUAAUGAAGGGUACCCUCAAGGGUCACAAUGGAUGGGUCACCCAAAUCGCCACCACGCCGUCAUUUCCGGACAUUGUUCUGUCAUCAUCGAGAGACAAGUCCAUCAUCAUGUGGAAGCUGACGCGUAGCGAGAACAACUACGGUUUUGCCAACAAGCGGCUCACGGGCCAUAGCCACUUUGUCUCGGACAUCGUGAUGUCAUCGGAUGGCCAGUUUGCGCUCUCCUGCUCCUGGGACAAGACGCUUCGCCUGUGGGAUCUUGGAAGUGGGAAGACCACACGAACCUUUGUCGGCCACACCAAGGACGUGCUGAGUGUUGCCUUCUCCCAGGACAACCGACAGAUCGUCUCGGGGUCCAGGGAUAAGACCAUCAAGCUGUGGAACACGCUAGGAGUGUGCAAGUACACCAUUCUGCAGGAGGACAACCACAAGGAGUGGGUCAGCUGCGUUCGUUUCUCCCCCAACACCGUCAAUCCCAUCAUCGUCUCGUCUGGCUGCGACAAGGUCGUCAAGGUCUGGAAUCUGACCAACUGUAAGCUGAAGACCAACCAUUACGGCCACACUGGAUUCCUGAACUGCGUGACUGUGUCCCCCGACGGCUCCCUGUGCGCCUCUGGAGGGAGGGACGGCCAGGCAAUGCUGUGGGACCUCAACGAGGGUAAGCACCUGUACACUCUAGACGGUGCCGAUGAGAUCAGCGCUCUCUGCUUCAGCCCCAACCGGUACUGGCUCUGCGCCGCUACGGGACCCACCAUCAAGAUCUGGGACUUGGAGGAGAAGUGCAUCGUGGACGAACUGAAGCCGGAGGUGAUCAACCCCAACUCCAAGGCUCCGCCCCUGAGCUGCCUGUGCAUGGCCUGGUCGGCCGACGGCCAGACGCUCUUUGCUGGCUACACCGACAACACCAUCCGCGUCUGGCAAGUGUAUCAACUCAAGCAGUAGUCUCCCCCCCUCAAGUGGUGGGUCAGCUCUGGCCUGACAGAUUUUGGUUCGCAGUCAAAGAUUUCUGAUCAGUUAAUGUGGAAUAAAUGUUAAUUUCAAUGUGAAAAGGGGGCCUGUGCAUAUCUCAAUCAGCUUUUCAAAUAAUACUUAUCUUCUGGGGCCUAACAAACUGUUAUUUUAUGGAAUUCUACCAAUGUUUGGGGCCCAAAGGCAAAUACCUGUGUCUUUUUGUAUGCAACAUAGUACAAACCAAAUGUAUCCUUGAAUUGAGGCUAACGUUUCACCAGUGGGGAUAUUUUCAAAGUGGAAUGUGACAUCCAUCAUUUAAGCAAUCUUUCGAAGUGCAUGUUUUUCUUUCAAAUAAUGUAAUUUGAUGAAUCUAACUGAUAACGUAAGAUGGAGAAAAUUGUCUCUGAAAUCUUUGACUGUGACUGUGUCACAGUACAACACAAGCAGAGGGCCGGAAAGUGAACAUUUGUCAAGACGUCAAGUUGAUGCCAGAAAAUUUCCUCACGGCUCUUGAAGGAGCCUGCAAGACUUGCUGAGAGAUUGUAUAAAAAAUAAAAGCAAGAAACUUGGAUUUUCCAAGAAUAAAAUUUAAAAAGUGACACUCGGAGAGUGUCCCAAACAG